CUAAAAUAAAACAUCGGUGAAAUAUGUUGCGGACUCUGAAGACUGACUCUGAACACCCACCAGGCAACAACCUGCCCUUAAUAUCCCAUCCCAUCUAGUCUUCUUCAGGCGGUAUCCGGCUAUCCCUCGUACAAGCCCAGUCCUUCUAUCGACCAUGGCCGCAGAGGCAGACGGCGAUGCAACGACAGGACCCAAGUGCACAGAGAUGCAAGAGCGGCUGACAGAAGUAGGAAUGAAGGCUGACCUUGAGGCCCCUGCUUUACCAGGAAUGGAUGGUUCAGCGAUCAUAUGUAGGGAGGUGUGCCGGUCGUAUGGCAAACUGAAGGUGCUCAGCAACCUCAACUUGACCGUGCCUCAGGGACACAUCUAUGGCCUACUGGGUCCAAGUGGAUGUGGCAAAACCACUCUGUUGAAAUGCAUUGUGGGAACUCUGAACAUUUCACGGGGUCACAUCAGUGUGUUAGGGAAACCACCUUCGUUCCCUGGUCAUGAAGUGCCUGGAAGGAUGGUGGGCUAUAUGCCACAGGACCUGGCAUUAUAUAAUGAGUUCACCAUCAGCGAUACACUAACCUUUUUUGGACGAAUCCAUGGGUUGUCAUCGAAGGACACUCAGGCACGAGUGAAUUUCCUUGUAGACUUCUUGGAUCUACCUCAGAAAAAUAGACUGGUCCGGAAUCUCAGUGGAGGGCAGAAGAGGAGGGUAUCUUUGGGAGCAGCCUUGCUUCAGAACCCACAGUUGCUGAUUUUAGAUGAGCCUACAGUCGGAGUGGACCCAGUACUCAGAGCGAGAAUCUGGCAGCAUCUGGUUGAAAUAGUGAAGACGGGCCGCGUAUCUGUUAUCAUCACUACUCACUACAUUGAGGAGGCCAGGCAAGCCAAUGUGGUCGGUCUGAUGAGAAACGGACAACUCCUGGCCGAGGGGCCUCCUGACGCAGUAAUGAAGCAACACAAUGCUGUGACACUAGAGAAUGCUUUCCUACAACUCUGUGAGACAUCUGACCAAGUGGUGGCCAAACACGGAGUGAGUCCGCAGGGCCAGCUUUUAGAAAAUAGCCAAUCAUUUGAAAGCAGCCGGGAAGAGAACAGGCCCAUUCUGGGGACUGGACUAGAGGAGCUGCCCAAAUACUCAGCCGACUGGAAAGUCAGAGCGAGACAUCUGGUGCCAAAGUGGCGGAACAUUGCAGCCCUGAUGAUCAAGACCUUGGUUAGAAUGAAGAGAAUGCCAGGAUCCUUGUGCUUCCAGUUCCUGUUGCCAGUGAUCCAGAUCUCUCUCAUGUGUCUGUGUAUCGGAGCAGACCCAAAGGGAAUACAGGUGGCCGUGGUCAACAAUGAAACCGCCCCAAACUCCUACAGCCAAUCAUUACUCUCCUUUAUUGACAAUUCCAGUGUGGAGCAGGUGAACUUAUCUCACGCAGAAGCUUUCGCAGGUGUCUAUAAUGGAGAGUACUGGGGCGUCAUAGGGUUCGGCAAGAACUUUACCUCCUAUCUGACCAAGAGGAUGAUAUCCCGUCAAGUUUCUCGGGAAGUGGUAGAUGGUGGAUCAGUACACGUCUGGCUGGACCUAACAAAUCAACAAAUUGCCACUAUGCUCCAGAAAAAACUUGCAGAUGCCUUUGAUGCCUUUGUCCAGUAUAAGAUGGGCCACUCAUCCUACCUUGUUUCGCUACCUGUAAAGUUUGAGGAGCCUAUUUACGGCAGCCUAAACACAGACUUCACCACGUUUGUUACUCCGGGAGCUGUACUAAGCAUCACCUUUUACCUGGCUGUGGGCUUGACCGCCCUCUCGUUUGUGCUUGAGAGGAAGGAGGGUCUUUUGGACAGGUGCUGGGUCGCAGGUGUCAGUUCUCUGGAGACCAUGUUGGCUCACCUCUUUUCUCAGUUGUUUGUCAUCAGUGUCCAGAUCGUUCUACUGCUUCUCUUCAUCCUGCUCGUCUUCAAGAUUCCUAACGAGGGUUCUCUGGUGUUGGUCAUAGCUCUGAUCGUCCUGCAGGGUGUGACGGGCAUCUCUUUUGGCCUGGUCAUCUCCGCAGCCAUAGACGAUGAGCAGAAUGCCAACCAAGCCGCCCUGGGCAUCUUCUACCCCAACCUCAUCAUCAGUGGGAUCAUCUGGCCAGUGGAGUGUAUCCCCUAUCCACUACGCUACAUUAGCCUGGCUCUGCCCCAGACAUAUGCCUCAGAGGCCCUCCGCUGUAUCAUGUAUAGAGGCUGGGGCCUCACUCGGAUGAUGGUGUGGAGAGGUUUUGCUGUCACCUUGGGCUGGAACACCUUCUUCAUCAUAUUGGCCACCGUCAUCCUUAAGUUGAGGACGUGAGACCCCGACCCGGGAAAGAGAUGAGAGGAGGACUGCCAGACGAGACGAGUAUGGAUGAGGCUCCGUGAACAGGCUUCUGCCUCCUGUCUUUGGUUGGGUGUGGUCACUGUGGUUAAAUACACUCUGUACCAUAGUCCCUAUUGCAAGCACACAUUCACAAUCAUGGCCAUGCACAAUUACAUACACACACAUGCUCAAUCACACACUUAUACAAUCAUACAAACAUGCACACUCACUCACAGACACAUCUAAGCACUCACAAACAAUCCCAAUUCCAAGCCUAUGAACAUACCAGUGUGUGUGUAUGUAGGUUCUGUUGAGGAAAACCUAAAAAAACGUUGCAGAUAAAAACAGACCACUUACAAAAACCCACUGCUCUCGUUUCAGGAUAAGACUGGUGUGUGUUCUAGGUGUUACAUUUCUAUAUGCAACCCAUGUAAAAUUUACACCUCCUGAGAUGAGGCAUGGACCUCAGGAUUUGUCUUUAUUUCUGCACAAAUUUGUAUUUUGAACAUAAUUACUAAAUGCAUAUGAGACAGACUAUGGAUUCAGUUCCUGCAUAUCUUUU